AUGAUGAGCAACAGUUAUCAGUAUAUAGCUAAUCAAACAGAAACUGAGUGGAAAUUUGCUCGUGCAAAACUGUGGACAAGUUAUUUUGAAGAUGGCGGUACAUUACCCCCUCCGUUCAAUAUUGUCCCGAGUCCAAAAUCAUUGUACUACGUUAUGAGAUAUUUAUAUCGACGAGUGUGCGGAUGUUCGAAACGCGAAUGGAGAAAUAGAUGGCAAAGUAUCAACAAAGUAAUGAGUAAAAUGAAAGAACGAGAUUUGAAAUAUGACACUGUUAUUCGUGAGCUCGUUAAACGAUAUAUAAUGAAGCGACAACAAAAAGAUCAAACCGAAGGAGUAACCGAAGAUGACUUGAAUGAAAUUAAACAAGAUAUAUCAGCGUUUAGGUUUGAAUUAUUGGAAAUUCUUACCACGAAUGGAUACAACGUUCAGUCAUUAAGGAAAAAUCCAGCUUGUCGCGUAGGACGUAAACGCGGAAAAAUUAAUUUAGAAAAAACCAUCAAUAAAAAUUUAUUUGAUAUGUCAGUAAUACCGGAACGAGCAGAACAACAACAGCAACAAGCAUCAUCACCAUCAAAUACGUUAACAAAUCCAAAACAAAAAUUAACGGCACAAUUUAAGCGUGCUAUAACAAUGAUGAAACAACGUUCAGAACCUAAUGAACCACCACUAACUGAUUCAGCGAAUAAUUCGAAUGCGGCCAAUAGUAAUACGAGUUUAACAAAUUAUUUAUUCGGUACUAAACCAUCGCAGUCACUUGACUCGGCAAUAUUAGAUAAACUAGCGUGUUUAGCCGAAGAAAAACUAAUUGUUUUACCACAUGAUAAAUCAACAUCAACGAAUAUAACAACGGUGAAUACAUCAUCAACGAUUGCCACUGUUAAACUAUUAUCCACACCACCACACAGAUCAAUGAACGAUAAUCAUCAGAGUAGUUCGCCCCCAACACCCAGUACAUCAAAUGCAAAAAUUCGGACUAGUAAUACUACAGCGGUGAAUAAUAAUCGUCAUCAUUCGCCAACCGUUGUUACGCAAGAAAGUUCAGAUAGUCAUGUAUCCUUGUCAAUAAUUAAUCCUUCACGUACAUCAUCCAUACAACAUUUAUCAACAACAACAAAUCAACCAAUACUUCAUUAUGAACAAACAACGACCACGACAGUACUAAACAUGGAUCCAUCGUCUUCCUCUUCAUCAGGUCACAGUUCUAAUCAUACAUGUCCAUCGAGGCAUCUAUCACAAGACACAGUAUCAUCAUCAUUCACGCCUAUUAACGCUCCUCAUCCGACGACUACUCUCUCUUCACAACCUCUUGUUAAACAAUCAUUACAACAAAUACAUUCUUCGAUAAUGCAAACAAUGCAACAACAAUUAUCUCCUCCUUCUCCUCAACAACACCAACAGCAGUCAGCAUCUUCACCAUCCAAUCAACUUAGUGCAGGUUAUAUUCGUCUUUUAAAUGGUGGUCGAGCUCCUAUAGCUUCUCCGGAUCCGUUAUCGUUGACUGAUGACAGUGUAUGUGCUAAUACUCCGGAAGUAGAUAUCCUAUGA